ACCUUUGAUUUGGACUAAUGUCGCUCAUUAAAUCAAACUGCUGACCUUUGUGGAAUGUAAGGCUUUGAUGUUGAACUCUUGUGGUUCAGAGAUCAGAGGCAGUGGUGUCUGUUUUCUUCUCGCUGGCUACAACCGGCCACAGAAACUCCACUCAUCCUGCUUGGUUUGUUUUCUCUUUUUCUUUUUUUUUCCAUUGUUCUUUUAUUGUUGCUUUCUGUUUAUUUCUUUUUUUUGUGGCCUAAGUAUGGAAUUCUCCCACCCAAAUAUUUUUUUUAUAAACAUGCUUAAAGGUUUCCUCCUCUAUGAGCUGACCUUAACAGAUUUCACAAUUUGUGUUUUACACCAGACCGUCUCUGAUCUGGAGGCGCAGGUGCAUUCACUGAGGAAAGAGCUGUUGGCGGCACACAGUCAGAGGAAACAGCAGCUGAUGGAGUUGGGCCUGCUGAGGGAGGAGGAGCGCCAGCGGUCCGCUCAUGAUCAGCAAACGGCUUUGGAAUGGCUGCGGUCCGAAAUGGAUCAGGUGCGACAGGACCUGGAGAAGACCCACAAGGCUGAAAGAGAGCUGGCCCAAGAGAAGAACAACAGCAGAAUGAAGCAUCUUGAGAAGGAAUACAGUCAGAGGCUGGCCAAGUCUGCCCAGGUGAUCGCUGAACGGCAGAUGUCCCUCAGCACUGUAAAGGAAGAGAGUCGUAAGGUGCAGCAGAGUCUGGAGAGAAAGCUAGAGGAAGCACAGAGUCAAAGGGAUGAGGAGAGGAGACAACUCAACAUAGAUGCUGACCAAACCAGUAAGGUUUUUCAAGAACGUGUGGAGACUCUGCAGAAACAACUGCACACAGCUGAGAAGAAGAUGAUGAGCAGAGAGCUAGAAAACCAGGAACAGAUCACACAUGUUCGGCAGGAGUGUGAGCUCAAGAUCAAAGGCCUGAUGCCUGCCGAGCUGCGGCAAGAGCUGGAGGACACCAUUACCUCCCUUAAGUCACAGGUGAACUUCCUCCACAAGAGAGCCGCUGUUUUACAGGAGGAGUUGUCAGCAGGUAAUAUAAUGAUGUGAGUCGAGCAGAUGUGUAAGAGAGACAUCAUGAUGGACACAAGCGUCAUCAUCCACACACACUGUGAUUUCAUCUUCUGCAAACACCAGUAUAUUCAUGCUCAUUCAUUGUAUUGUUGUCUUUCUGUUUAUUUAUAAGUUUGCUUGAUGUCCAUUUGCUUUGUUUUUUAAUGAAUAUGUUUCAUUUUUAUUAAACAUGAUAUUGUGAUUUAAAGUUCACAUUGUUCUGUUUUCUCAAAUAAUCUGUUAAAGUUGAGCAUUUAUGAAUCAAAAGGUUUUACAUUACUAACAUUUUUUACAAAAUACUUAUGUAAUACAUUUGAAACAUGGGACUGUGGUGCUUUUAGCUUGAGCUUUAUUUUUUAUUUUCAUGCAUUUAGAUAGUGACCCUAUAGACAAUGUUUGUUUAUUUUAUUUCACCCGUCCAACAAACUCAUAUCUUGUGCUGCUAAUACACUAGCUUCAAUACAGUGAAAGAAUUCUACGUUUUCAGACCAUAUAUUUGGACCAGAAUGCCAUGUGCUUUGUGUUACUCUUCUACAGGAAAAUGAGUGUUUGUUUUAGAUUCAUCUCUGGCUGACUGAACCAGUCUUCUGUUGGGUUUCAGGAUGUGAUUUAUUAAGGGCCAGAUUUACUAAACAGGGCAAAACAGCGUGAGAGCGCAAUUUAAAAAAAGCGCUGAUGGGAGUGUAAAAUGUCUUCGGGUGAUUUACUAACAAUGUGCACAUAAAAAAAAAAGACGCAAUAUCUCAUUCCCAUAAUGACCAACGCAAUCUAUUAAGAGCAGCGCAAAUUAGUGCAGGGUUCAAGACGUUCUUUUGUUGCAAAUAUCAGUAAUUUGACGAGCGCAAACCUUAGUAAAUCGCGUUGCACGAUUCAUUUAAAUACUCUCCUCCCAAAAAGUUUGCGUCUGAAACAAAUGCAAUAAGGUCAACCGCAAAACAACCCUGUCCACGCCUUUUCAGCGCUAAGUUUUAAUUUGGCAAACUUCCAAUAGCUGUCUCAUUUCAGAAGGCUGCGUCCUCCGGAGGUCUCCUUCGAAGGCUGCUUCAUCGAGGUUAUCUCGUUUCAUAAAAGCAGAUUGGACACUCAGGAUGCGCCCUUCAAAUGCGACCUUCUUUCACAGGAAUUCGGAAGACACAUAAGCUGUGUCUCGUUUCAUAAGGCUGCAUCCUUGUGUCCUCCAGAGGUAUCCUCUAAAGGAUGCGAUGCGGAGGAUUCUCAAUUUAGAAUUAAACGAGACGUCCUUCAUAGGACACGUUGGCAGAAAAGGAAACAGGAAGUACCACGUUGCUAUGACAACCUUUGACACCUGUCAAAUUAAUUAAAAUGAUUUCUACAUGAUUUAAGAGGUAAAAAGUUGGUUACUUUCUACCCUAAACAAUGCCAAAAGAAUUAAACGUUUAAAAAUCACAAAACACUUGUAAACCUAUUUACUACUUAUGCCUGCUAAGAUUAAAAAAGUGACACAAAUUGUAAGCGUUAACAUUUAAACACCGCAUAUUUGAUUGAAU